AUGUUGAUCUGCUGUUUGUUCAGCGACCACCUGAUCGCUGUCCCCCAGGAGUACUUCUCUGUUCUCUUGCCCAGUCCCCAGGAGUACUUCUCUGUUCUCUUGCCCAGUCCCCCAGGAGAGUACUUCUCUGUUCUCUUGCCCAGUCCCCAGGAGUACUUCUCUGUUCUCUUGCCCAGUCCCCAGGAGUACUUCUCUGUUCUCUUGCCCAGUCCCCAGGAGUACUUCUCUGUUCUCUUGCCCAGUCCCCAGGAGUACUUCUCUGUUUCUCUUGCCCAGCCCCCAGGAGUACUUCUCUGUUCUCUUGCCCUGCCCAGCCCCAGGAGUACUUCUCUGUUCUCUUGCCCAGCCCCCAGGAGUACUUCUCUGUUCUCUUGCCCAGCCCCCAGGAGUACUUCUCUGUUCUCUUGCCCAGUCCCCAGGAGUACUUCUGUUCUCUUGCCCAGCCCCCAGGAGUACUUCUCUGUUCUCUUGCCCAGCCCCCAGGAGUACUUCUCUGUUCUCUUGCCCAGCCCCCAGGAGUACUUCUCUGUUCUCUUGCCCAGUCCCCAGGAGUACUUCUCUGUUCUCUUGCCCAAUCCCCAGGAGUACUUCUCUGUUCUCUUGCCCAGUCCCCAGGAGUACUUCUCUGUUCUCUUGCCCAAUCCCCAGGAGUACUUCUCUGUUCUCUUGCCCAGCCCCCAGGAGUACUUCUCUGUUCUCUUGCCCAGCCCCCAGGAGUACUUCUCUGUUCUCUUGCCCAGCCCCCAGGAGUACUUCUCUGUUCUCUUGCCCAGUCCCCAGGAGUACUUCUCUGUUCUCUUGCCCAGUCCCCAGGAGUACUUCUCUGUUCUCUUGCCCAGCCCCCAGGAGUACUUCUCUGUUCUCUUGCCCAGCCCCCAGGAGUACUUCUCUGUUCUCUUGCCCAGCCCCCAGGAGUACUUCUCUGUUCUCUUGCCCAGCCCCCAGGAGUACUUCUCUGUUCUCUUGCCCAGCCCCCAGGAGUACUUCUCUGUUCUCUUGCCCAGCCCCCAGGAGUACUUCUCUGUUCUCUUGCCCCAUAAUGUGAUUUUGGGUUCUAAAAAAGUAUUGUUUUUAAUUGUUGUUUUUUAAAGAAUCUCUCAAUUCCUCAGUUUGUAAAUUGGUGUUGCAUCGAAGGGUUUCAAUAAAGAUGAUGUUGCAUUAUCCUUGA